AUGGACUUCUGGACGGUUGAGUGGCUGACUUGCCGAUGGUCAGAGGGGCCCCCUUUGGAGAACAGUUUCUAUUGCAACGCUUCUAUACGGCCUGAUGAACUCUUAGUUUCAGCACAAAUUGAAGUGAUACCAUGCAAGGUGUGUGGCGAUAAAUCAUCAGGUGUUCACUACGGUGUCAUUACAUGUGAAGGUUGUAAAGGUUUCUUCCGACGCAGUCAAUCAUCGGUUGUCAACUACCAAUGUCCACGUCAGAAGAAUUGUACGGUUGAUCGUGUUAAUCGCAAUCGAUGUCAGUUUUGUCGUUUGAAGAAAUGCCUUGAACUGGGGAUGAGUCGAGAUGCGGUCAAAUUCGGUCGUAUGAGCAAGAAGCAACGUGAAAAGGUUGAAGAUGAGGUUCGAAUGCACAAACAAAUGGCUGAGGUGAAUGGUAUAGCGUACAGUCCAUACGGUGAGUAUUCGCCUCCAGGGCAUACGGCGUAUACAAACGGUUAUGAGUCGGUGUAUGCGGCGAGUACGUAUGCGAAUACGGCUGGUUAUGCAGCGGCCGCACCUGUGAGCUAUCCCUCGGUUCAGGGACAAGGAUAUUCGAUUGCGCAACAGGUUUCUUUCUUUCUCGACUUGUUCUUAGAACUGACUUUAAAUCUUCAACCUUUUUUUUUGAAAGGACUUAAUAUUACAUUCAAGGCUGCUGUGCCAGCGCCGAACGGAGGUUAUCCUCGAACGAAUUUGGGUGCUACCCAGCCGGAUGAAGAUCUUAUUACGAGCAUAACGAGUGCUUUCGAUUCGGCACAUAACGCCACGUUACGGGCUCGUGAGAGCAACACUGCGCGUCUCAUGGAUUCAUAUUCAGAGCAACGUUAUCACAAUAUGGUUAGUUGUUCAUUUGAUUUUUAUCAACUAGACCGAUUAGAAGGCUGGAAACGGUUUGCACAUGAAUUAACCCGAGUGAUUCAAAGUAUUAUUGAAUUCGCCAAGAUGGUUGAUGGCUUCAUGCAGUUGAGCCAAGAAGAGCAAAUUUCAUUGCUUAAAAGUGGUGUUUUCGAGUUGGCCACUAUUGUUAUUGCCCAACAUUACAGUAUCGAAACUGCAUCACUUGUAGUUGAUUCGGAAGUUAUUCCAGCCAGUAUAUUACAAUCCAGUGAUCCAGCCGAAAUGCAGUUCAUCAUUGGUGUUCGUUUUUCAUUUGAAUUCGUCCAGUCCUUUCAAAUGCGAUCAGCAGAAUCCAAAAAGAAAAUUCAUGAUCAGCUUGAGCAACUGUCACUUUUUAUAAUUCUUCUACUUGAUCUUGUCGUUCCCUUAGUAAAUAUGCGAUUACAUUUCGACAAUUCAUUACAGAUGCAUGCAUGUGUGCAUGAAUUUGCACAGCUCCAUUUAACUUCCACGGAAACAGCCCUUUUAUCAGCAUGGAUUCUGCUCGAACGAUCCUCAUCUGGUCAAUAUAUUAGUGAACAAUUAAGGAAUUGUCUACAGCAACAGAUUGCUUCGAGGAUGGCCGAUGCAGGACCAUCAAUGCAGACGUUGUGUGAUUUAAUUGUACGAUUACGUGCCUUAGCUCAGGAGCAUAUUCGAUUACUUGGCCAACUGACUAUCACAUAUCCACAAGCUGCUGAUAGAGGCACUCUGCCCGAACUCUACAAAGAACUUUUCACGCCGACCGCUUGA